AUGUGUUCAGAUGAAAUGGAGUUAUUAUCUCUCUUCUUUGCGCUGUCAUACGGGAUUAUGCACAUUUCUUCUAAUGAUGUCUCCGGACAAGAGGUGUCUGAGCUGAUAAUGGUGCAAUUGGGAGAAAACAUUACCCUGAUGUGCAACACGACCAACAGGUAUGAAAUCGCCUGGUAUCACCAGCAAUCUGAACAUAUAAAACUUCUGAUUUCUGCAGAGAUUGAAAAAAUAUCAGAAAGAAAAAUUCUUCUUCUCGCCUACAAUCAAAACUGGAAACGUUUGAAAGUUGAAGCAGACGUGGGGUUCACCACAGUCAGUCUGAUCAUUACUGGAUUAACAGAUUCAGAUUUGGGUCUCUAUCUCUGCGGGACAAAAGCGGACACUCCAGAGAUGCACUUUGAAACACCCGUCAGACUCCAGCUUGAGGAAAACCUGAAAGAGGAUAAAGGUGAUUCUGGAAGAAAACUGCCAGUGGAAAAGGUUGAAAUCACAGAUGAUCUGACAGUGAAAGAGCGAGUGUUGAUGUAUGGUGGAGUUGGAAUGGCUAUUCUGAUGUUUUUCUUGUCUACAGUCGCCGCAGGUGUUGUCAUUUACCAUCGUGGGAGGCAGAAUGGCUGGACCGCUGGGAAAGAUGCAGCUGCACUCUGAUUAAACGACAAUAAGGGAAAUCUAAAUUACAAAGCAAUCUUACUCAUGUAACCUCAAGCUUAGCACUGCAAAUACAAUGUGUCUAGCGUUGCUGUAGGAUAAAUGGCAAUGUUACAGAAAUAUAAACCACUCACAGGAUGGGGUGGAGAAAUGCGGCUCAUAUAUGUGGCAGCUGUCACCUUUGUGUCAGCUUCACUGGUGCAAACAAUAAAUAAUCUUGUGGUCGUUGUCAUUAUUCAGAUCAACAGCUGUGCAACUGCAAUCUGUAAAUGUCACGCAUGCAUAACAAACCAAAGUACUUCCUUGCUUCAGCAAAUAUUGCUCAUUAAAAUAAACAAAUUUGACUGAAAAUGUAAACUUUCCUUAAUUAUAUGCUAUAUGUGUGACAAUAUAUUGAGAUUAUGCUGUACUCAUAAUAAUAAAGAAUCGUUGCUAAUUGUUUUGACUGAAGUGACAAUAAUCUGAAGUUUAGUUAAUCCUGCCUAAUUAAAGAUUCCACGGGACACCACGUGAUGCAGAAUGUGACAACAUUUUAAGCAGGUUUAUUUGGGGCUGGCUGUCAUUUAGAAUGAGGAGAGCUCGUGUGGACAACACAACGUUUUUUGCCAAAAAGUUCAAAGGUAAAUAUCUUUAAACAUAGUAUGAGAUCAGUAGUCAAUCGCUUUUCUACACCAACUUCAAAUGUUUAAAGCAAACUUCAAAUUGUACAUUUUGAAACCAGGAAACAUUUUAUAUUCAGCUUCGUCAAUUGCACCAACAGUUUUAAUGCAAACUAAAACUUUGAAGCUUCUAAAAGUACAUGAUAAAAGUAAUCCAUACGACUCCAAUGGUAAAAUCAAAGUCUUUCUAGCGAGUCAGUCCACUGUCGGCCAUCUUUGGGACACUCUCGGGAGGUUAUUACCAGUCAUGACCGUGCAGGGCCUAUCUACUUGAAUGGGGAAAGAUCGAAAUCUCCAAAACUGUUGGUCAAGACGACGACCAAAGAGCAUAUUUAAAAUCAGCAGUAAAGUCUGA